UUGGUACUUGACUUUCAUGGAUUUUUGCCUUAAAAUAGGUUUACAACGUCAAUAACAAUCUGUAUCUAUCCUACUUUGCAAGGGUUGCUAUCUCGGACAAGUGUAGUAGGAGAAAAUGGGUGAUGAUGCAAGAGGCAGAGGAAAGAAUAAGAGAAUGUGGACAUCGAUAGAGAGAGUGCUCUAGUUGAUAUCCUUGUUGAUAUGCAACAUUCAAAUUGGAAGUGUGACACUGGCUACAAAACAGGUUAUCAAUCUCAUAUCGAGAAAAAAAUGCUUGAGAGAUUCCCUUACUGUGGUUUGAAAGGUAAGCCGCAUAUUGAAUCUAAGAUCAAGAUUUUGAAGAGGCAACUAGGGUAUAUCCUUGAAGCUCAAAAGCAAGCUUGCGGGUUUGGUUGGGAUGACGAGAUGAAAAUGAUUACCGGUGAAAAAGAGGUUUUCAUGGGUUGGGCUCAGGGUCGUGAUGGGGCUUCCGCUCUUUAUAUGAAGCCUUUUCCACUUUAUGAGAAGUUAUGUGAGAUUUAUGCCAAGGAUCGUGCAAGUGGGAGUAUGUGUAAGGGCCCUGGAGAUGAAGAAGGAGAUAUCAACAAUGAGGGUGACAAGCAAGGUGAUGGCUCGACUAGCUCUACAACUCAAGCAAUUGAACCUUCUAGUAGUAGAGGAGAUCGUAAAAGAAGAAGGGAAAUAGAAAAUGAGGAGCUUGGUGGAUGUCAAAAGCACUUGUUUCUCUAAUUGAUGUUG